AGUUCACUGCGGAGUAUUUAUAAGUGAUUUGCAUAUGUGUAAUUUAUAUUUAAUCUGCAUAUUGUAAUAAUGUUUAAUUAGCCUCAUUGUAAUAAAAGUUUUGUUACUGCUGGAAUAAGACUUUGUGAGUUUAUGACCUUACAAGUAGUUUAAGCUAGUGAUUGUGUGUUAAUAUUAUAUAGUGGGUAUAAUAAUUCAUAAGGGAUUAUUAAAUGUAAUAUUAGCCUUUCACUAAAGUGUAUAGCAAAUAGAUACUAAGAUUUAUAGAGUCUUAGGUACCAUUUAAAUGCAGUUAUUUCAUUGGCGAGCCAGCGAAUUUUCUUACCAACUACACUUGUUUUAAGGGGGGACUAAUCCAGGUUCUUUUUAUAAUACAAGUGUGAUUUUUGGACGAAAAUUGAACCUAGUUUUUGCUAUACUGUUUUUGAGUUGAGCGUUUCAGCAGUAAAGUCUUUGGCCAAGACUACAGAUCCAGAGAGGCAUUACCUAAGGAUCAGUUGAACCAGACGCAGAGAAAAUCAUAUCGCGCAGGACGUGAAUCUGAUUUGCUGGCAGUCUGAAGACACUUUAAAGUAUUUCAUUAUGUGGAGCCUGAGAGGAAUGAUCGCCACAAACCUAUUUGUAUUUGUGUGGGUGUUAUUGCAAAAACUUCCAAUCUGUGACUGUAAUGAACUUUCAAUCACAAACCUCACAAGGAGUCGUAGAUGGAGCUCAAGCAGCAUCAUCAGAGGAUGGACAGGCUUAUGGAGCUCUCAAGACCUUCACAAAGAUUGUUUGGGAAAAUUGACUUUUAAUGUGGGUGGGAAAAUUGAAAUAUUUGCAGAAAAACAUCAAGACAAUUUAAUUGGUUUUUGGAGGGUCAAUCAGGGUAAUAAAGUUGAAUGGGAAUGUAAGUGGGUGGCUUGGGGAAAAUGGACUGUAGGUCUGGUGGGAGAAGGUGUUUCUGUGUCUACAACAUUUACAAAUCCUAUUCACACUAUAAAUGGCGAUAACUAUAAUAUAACCAAGGUUAUAUUUGAACAACAAAUUGGAGAAGGGAUUAAUUGGAGGGUUACAGCUGCCAACUUUGGUGGAGGGAUUGAAGUAUACUUAAAAAUAGAUCAAAUAAAGGAAACAACCACAUUUACGCCUUUGAUCUAUUCUACUUUAAUCACUACACCAAAGAUGAAACAUUAUGACAAUACUCCAAUGUGUAAGGGGAAAAGUGUUGUUUCUAGUGGUCCAUUUCAAACAAGUACAAUCAAGCCAACUCCAGUAUUGAGGGAUGCCACAUUCCAAUUUAUCACGUGGAAGAUUAAAAUAAUAGAUUGGCUAGUUUCCACACAUUACCAAAAUUGUUCCAGAAUUACUGCCACUAUGGAAAAAGCAUUAGUUAAGUGGGCAGAAGGUACUAGGAGAAGGACUAGGAGGGAUAUCAUGGAUACAGUUUUGGGAGGUGUGGGAACAGGGCUAGGUGUGGUAAAUUCCAUUGACAUAUCCAGCUUAACAGCAACCUUACAGUCUCAGGGGAUGUUAAAUGCAAAAGGGAUUCAUACGCAACAAAUGAUAAACACUCUGGUAGAGACACUGACACAGACAGUCAUUCAGGUUCAGGGUCCUGCCAUUCAACAUACAGAGGAAAUACUGAUAGGAGUAAUUAGCAGGUUAAGGGAAGUAUCCUGGGAUUUUGUGUGUAUUUCCAUGCAAACAGAAUUAUCAACUGACUUUAAAUUAAUAGCACAGGCUAUGGAAAAUAACCAUACACCUUUGGGAGGGUGGGAGCAGUCUGUUGUUAACAGUUUUGCAUCAAAACACAGAGAAUUAUGGUUAAACAGUUGGUUGGGCUGCAGGGAAAAUAUAUGCAGGGCUACUUCACUUGUGCCCACUAGUGGUACCUAUCAGAAUGUUUAUCAUUUGUUUUCACUAGGAACACCUGUCACAGAAUCUCAUGUUUUGCAUCAUGAGUUAGAGUUCCCAAAUUUUAUAUGGAAUGGUUCCCAUAUGGAACAGGUAGAUAUGUCUGGCUGCAUAAGGUUUCCUUCUAAAAUUUUAUGUCUACCCAACCAGGCAAGAAUAAUUUUUGAUUCCUGCUGGCAUAAUCACUCAUAUUGCAAUGGUUUUGUGGAGAAAGUUAAUCCCCAAGAUAUGAUUUUUCCCUUAGGACAAGGAAAGGUGUGUUUUGUUGCAUUGAAGCCUAAAGAUGAAGUGCAUGUAUGGUUUGACAGGUGUAAUUCAAGGGAACAAAUCACACCAGGGAUUUAUUGUAUUACUGGGUACCCUGUGAGGAUAAGUUCACUACAGUUUAACUUCACUGUCCCACAGUUACUCACAUAUAACGCUACCUUGGGGGCUCCACUCAUAACCCCAAUAUUAGUAGAUGAUGCACCUUGGCAAAAAUGGGUAACCUUAUUGCAAAAAGACUCUGUGUUACUAGAACAUCUUAAAAAUUUUGGGGAACGUGUUCAUGUAAAUUUCUACCAUCAGGAACAAGAACUACAAAGGAUUGAACAUACUUUUACGGAGAUGUCAAGUGCAACCUGGUGGCAGAAAUUAGCAAAUUCCUUUUCGAAACAGUCAUCAUGGGGUUCUGCAUUGGGAAAUCUGUUUAUACAUCCAUUUAUAAUCAUAUUAUUUAUUUCUAUAUUAUGUAUAAUUAUUCAAAUUUGUAUGUGUUGUUAUUUAAAAUCAUUAAUUGCACGUGUAUAUCACUUAUAUUAUGGUAUGCGAAUGGAAGCGUCUUUAGUACACUAAUAUAGCCAUCACACAUAGGUGGGGUUAGGAAUCUUCCAUCAGAUUCACUCA